UGGAUUUUUUUGUCCUUAGAAAGGAGACAUCAUAGACAUUAUCUGCAAAACACCAAUGGGGAUGUGGACGGGAAUGUUGAACAAUAAAGUGGGAAACUUCAAAUUCAUUUAUGUGGAUGUCAUCUCAGAAGAGGAAGUAGCCCCCAAGAAAAUAAAGGCAAACCGAAGGAGUAACAAUGAAAAAUCCAAGACUCUGCAGGAGUUCCUAGAGAGGAUUCAUCUUCAGGAAUAUACCUCAACACUUUUGCUCAAUGGUUAUGAGACUCUAGAAGAUUUAAAGGAUAUAAAAGAGAGUCACCUCAUUGAAUUAAAUAUUGAAAACCCAGAUGACAGAAGAAGGUUACUAUCAGCUGCUGAAAACUUCCUCGAAGAAGAAAUUAUUCAAGAGCAAGAAAAUGAACCUAUGCCUCUAUCCUUGAGCUCAGACAUCUCCUUAAAUAAGUCACAGUUAGAUGACUGCCCAAGGGACUCUGGUUGUUAUAUCUCAUCAGGAAAUUCAGAUAAUGGCAAAGAGGAUCUGGAGUCUGAAAAUUUGUCUGACAUGGUACAUAAGAUUACUAUCGCAGAGCCAAGUGACUGAACACACACUCUCAACUAUAUAUCUACAGAUGCAUCCGUUUUAACUCUUCUUGAGUUAAAACAUCAAAUAGGAGAGGAAGAUAAAUAUUUGUAAAUAAAACCUAGGUUUAAAUGUUUUAAUCUGAAUAAUUGUACAUAAAAUUUUGUAUCUCUAACAUUCCAAAUUAUUGUCAAUAAAAUAUAUAUUUAUUAUUUUAAAUACUAUGUGUUAACAUUUCACUUGCCUGUAUUAGAAAGGCAUAAUGUAAGACUUUGGUAUGUGUGACAUAUGCUUCAUU